GCCGGAACGUUUCUCUCUCUUUUAUUCUUCCGUCGUCCGCUUGUACUUUAUUUUUGUACAGCCCUGAAAGCAAUACUAAAUUCUUCAAACGAAUCCAGCCAUGAGAGAUGACAUAUACGUAUCUCCCUGCUCGCCAUGCUCUGUGAUAUCCAAAUUCCACAAGACUCAACCUUGAUAACAGGCAUUUGACCUCCGAAUUUAACAUUAAAACAUCACCCAUUUGGAGGAUGAUUCUGAACUUUUCAUGGGUAUUGUUGGCGUUGAAUUCCUUGAAGCUCUCGACGCAAUCACCGCACUGGAGAGGGAAAGCUGGAGCGCUUUCUUGUGAGAAUCAAGGAGCUGCUGCUUGUGAGUGCCAUUAUUAGUUUGCUUCUUUCUCUUAGUCUCUUUUUCUUCUUCUUCAUGGGACUGGGCGACGAGGAACUGCCUCUAAAUCUCUGUCUGGUGGGCUCUGGGAAGGGAAAGGAAGAAGAGGGUCUGCGGCGGAAGAGAGAGAAAAAAACUGACUUGAUACGGUCCCACUUUAAUUUAUGGGAUACCUUUGUAACCCCAUUUUCUCCAAAGAAAAGUUAUCAACGAUUUAUUUUAAAAAAAUUAAGAAUGAGAAAGAAGUCCUUCUGGCAACCGUAACCGUCAUAGUUUCCCUACUUUCUUUGACCGACUCUCUAUAAUCAAUGUACCUAACCGGUGUAGGAAUGGCCGAUGCUCCUUUCUUUUUCCAACUUCUCUAUAAUUGGACAUCUCUGGUAAAUGGUAAUUACACUUACAGAGAGGAUGACUUCUUCCAUGGCCCUUCCUGAAACUUCUUCCUCUUUCUUAGACUCUUCUUCUUCCAUCCGUCCAUGGAGUCAUGAUGUAUUUUUAAACUUUAGAGGUGAAGACGUUCGCCAAACGUUUGUUUCUCAUCUAUACCAUGGUUUGGAUAAAAGGAAAAUCAACACUUACAUAGACAACGAUCUUGAAAGAGGAGAGGAAAUCUCGGCAGCACUUUUCAAAGCUAUUGAAGAAUCAAGGAUUUCUAUCGUUGUACUCUCUAAAAAUUACGCAGAAUCAAGAUGGUGUUUGAACGAGCUAUUGAAAAUCCUCGAUUGUAAACAAGCGGUGAAACAAAUUGUUCUACCAAUUUUUUACGGCGUAGAUCCAUCAGAAGUACGACAUCAAAGAGGAAAUUUUGGAAAAUCAUUUGAUAAACUUGGAGAUCAGCUCAAGGAUAACGUAAAGAUGUUGAAGUGGAAGGCAGCUUUAGAAGAAGUAGCCAACUUGUCCGGGUUCGAAUUGCGGAACAGGAACGAGGCAGAAUUUAUCCAUGAAAUCAUUCAAUGGGUGGACUCAAGAAUAGCAUACCAUACACCUCUAAGUGCUGCCAAGUAUCCAAUGGGAAAAGAGAUCAGUGUCCAAAUAGAUGAAUUGAGUGGAAAGAAAUCUUUGAUGCUGCCAGCGAGGGAGUUAACUAUUCAAUGGGGAUCUGGAGAAACUCCAGAAUACUGGGAAUGGAUUCCCUCAACUGAGUCACCGGUUCUACCCAAGUCUAGAUUCUCUGAAGUAGCUCGUCUUAGAAAGGUUUAUUGGCUUGACAUAAAAGGCAGAAUUGAGAAAAAAAUCCUUUCCCCAAAAACAAAGUAUGGGGCAUACUUUAUCUACUCCAUGGUGGAUGGUUUCUAUGGGUUUCACAACCCUGUGAAAGUGUCCAUUAGAUUGGAAAACGAAGUGGAAGGAGGUGAUGCUAUCAAUGCUUAUUUGAAUCCAAGGCUGUGGUCGGGUACACACGAACAACGAUCUAAUGAGGAAUUAUUACAAAUUAAACGACAGGAUGGUCGACUUCCAAUCAGGAGAGAGGAUAUGUGGAUGGAGAUUGAGAUGGGAGAAUUCUUCACUGGCAGCCACGUUGAUAAUCGUGGCGAGGUCGAGAUGUGCUUGAAGGAGGUUCAAGUCCUUCACGAGAAGUCUGGCCUUGUGGUCCAUGGCAUUGAGCUUCGGCCAAAAUAAGAAAUUAGUUAAUUAGUAAAGAGAUUGGUGCCUAGCUAUUUUCCUUCUGAGCAAACGACAUUUGGUGUGAGACCUGGAUUUGUGUGCAUUAUAUUAUGAGCAACGUUUUGAUGA